AUGUUGCCUCCUCGAAACGCUAUCGGUCGAAUACCGAGUCACAUCCGACUGACCCAUCUACCUCGGAUUUCUGGUCCUAACGUACAUCUCCGACCGUUCACCCACCGCACACGCCUACUUCUUCUUUCUCCGGCGCCGGGUCGCCCUCAACUACCCUUUCUAUCCCCUCUUGCGCCGACCCGUCCACUUCCACCUCUGUCAAUCCAUCUCCGCCAGCACUUUGGUCGUUUGAUAUCUACAGAAAGCCGCGAGCAUUACAAGCGAAGGGUAUCUCGAGGUGUCAAGAUUGGCCUAUCGGUGUCGGCCAUCCUUGUCUUAUUCUCCGCGAUACAACUCGGCAUCUACCAAGAAAACAUUGAGCACUCAUGGCCCACCCCACCGGAAUGGUCCUGGAAAAGCCGCUGGUGCCUGCGAUCCGCACAGGCACUGCAGAAUCCGGAGCAAAUCGGCAAGCUAAUGACGAAUUGGCCCAUGGUUGCUGGAUAUCUUCGUGAGCUGCUGGAGCGUUUGGAGAACCUAGAGGGAGAGGGAAAAGGUCUCAUUGAACAAGAUGAGGGUGGGUUUCUGGUAGAAGGCGUCGGCCGCACUGGAUUCGAUGUCUCCGCAAAGAGUGAGCCUUGGCGCCGUGGAUAUUUUCAGGCCCUGAUGGGCGCUGCCAAGGCUGCUGAGAACUUGGACGGCUGGUUGACAGAUCGCAAGCAGAAGAUAUCUGCGCCUGCGGAAUACGUUGUUGGACCCUCAAACCCUCGACCAAAGCCCAUGCCCGCUGGCCAGAAGAAGGUCCCACAGGAAGAGGACUGUGAGCAGGCGUCUCCGUCUCCAGAGCGAUUCUACAUGAAGGUUUUGACAACCAAGGGCUUUGACACAGGGCAGAAACUUGAUGCUGCCUUGGCCUAUGCCGAUUGGCUUGAUUUCAAAGGCUUGGGCCUUACAGCGGGUGACAUGUAUAAGUGGGCAUUGGACAUUGCUGCCAGUGGGCUGGAAGGGGAUGCCAGCAAGAUUGUGGAUUUGAAGAACGGCAUCUUGAAAAACAAUGGCGGAGACCUACCUUCAGAAAACAUUCUCCGUGUCUCCACAGCUCUCGCCGUCCACAACGCCCGUCAAGGCAACCUUCCAACAGCUUUAUCCCUCUUCACAUCUGUUCUCAAAGCCCGACGCAGCCUCCCUCUAUCAUCAGACUCUGAUAUGGCUUCCUCCUUUCCAACCCUGCCUAAAUCAAACAACGAUCCAUUCGCCUCUCUCUUCAAAUCGCUCAGAAAUGUCCUCAUUCCCGUGGAGUAUCCAGAACCCCCCCCCAUCAGGCGACGAACCCCCACGACGCACCACGGCAUCCGCCUGUGA